CGAGCGGGCGGGGCCCGCGGGCGGGGGGCCGGGGCUGUACCAGAACGCCCAGCGCCCCCUGGAGUUCUGCGCCGUCCACGCCCUGACCCGUCCUGCAGGAGGCGACGCUUCACCCAGGAGGCAGGCCGACGAGAUCUGCAAGAGGCUGGCAGAAACCGGAUCCCGGCUGGAAUCCGCAAUCGCAGCGUCCUGGCACGGGCCAACUACGACGUCAUGCUGAUCAAUGGCAAGCCCUCCUGCAGAGCCUGGAUUCGCAGCAUCUGGUGGGAUCAAGCGCCGGCCCCUGGAGCAGCUGGCACUGAGCCGGGUGCACGGCUUCAUCGUGAACGUGCCCUCCAACGUGUCCCUGGGCUUCGUGUCGCUGCCCGUGCGGCGUAAGCACUGGAUUGCUGUGCGCCAGGUGGGAGGCACCUACUACAACCUGGACUCCAAGCUGAAGGCCCCGGCCUGUGUCGGCGGAGAGGGGGAGCUCAGGGCUUUCCUGCAGGAUUUCCUGUCCCAGGGUCCCUGUGAAGUGCUGCUGGUCGUGUCCCGGGCCGUGGAGGAAUCCGGCGGCUGGUUGAACCCAGAGUGAUGCCGCAGAUACCAAAGAUUUUGACUGUUCGUAGCAGCCUCGCCGGGGGGGCAGGACCCACACGCUGAAUCUGGCUUAGUCACAGCCCCCUCCCUGGUGCUGGCAUCAGAUACCCCAUCCCGUCUGCCCUGAGGAGUGCAUGGCUCCGGGCAUGCUUCUCUCACUCCACUGGGGGGUCCCUUCGCCCCACAGCCCCUGGAGCCAGAGAUGGCACUGGGGGGCCACAAGGGAACCUGGCUCAGCUGCAAGUGCUUGCAAAGUUUAUGAUAAAGGACACUACGCU